AUGGCAGCCAUCGCACCCACCUCCAUCACCCAAUCCCUUAACCCCAAGACCUCUCCCCCAACCUACGAUGAAGUCGCAGCCAAAGUCGAUCGGUUGGUGGGCAAUGACCCCACUCCCAGGAAGUAUCUUGAUGUCGUGGAGCAUCUCACGGCCGAGGAAAUUGACAUUUUGAUGACUGGCGUCGAAAAGAUCGAGCCCAUAGCGAAUGACGAAGAGGCAAAGGCCUAUACAACUGGUGCAGUCCGGACGCUUGUCUCCGAUGAAUGUAUCGACUACCUCCGCCUGGCGUCCAAUGCGGCAGUGGAUGCGUCGAAUGAGAUCGAGAGGGUGUUUGUGGAUUUGCAGCUGAAAAUUGCCCAAAUUGAUCUUAUUCACCACUCCGGGUUUCAGGGUGAGCUGAUUGAGCAUCAAAGGACAUACCGUCGCAUUCUUACUGAGAGCAGAGAUCUGGCUACUGAUCUCGCUAUUCAUGGUGAUCGGUUCGAUCUCCUGAUUAUUCCAUUCUGCAGAGAUGAAACCAUCCCAACCGACGUGCGCAAAGGCAUCAUAAACGGCUUCAUUUCUGAUAUGGAAAAAGCCCAAAGGGAUGCACGGGAAGUGGAGGAUAGAUUCGACGAGUUGAGGAUUAGCUUCACGUCCUUUGUUGCAAAGUUUACCACCUGGGCCAGGGACAAGGAACAGGAACUGAGCGAACAGUUCAAGCAAGUGCUUGAUGAGCUCGAGGAACUGAAUGAACAGUUGCAAUCCCAUAUCAAUGGACUUCUCGUGACUGCAGGUGUCAUGGGGGGUGCAACACUUGUCUUCAGCUUGGCCUUUGCCUUUGGGCCUAUCGGCUUUUUUAUCGCGAUUGGCGGCUUGAUUGCGACUGGUGUGGCUGGUGCCGCUGCUACCGCGGCGCUUCUGGUGAAAAAGACCAGAGUUGAGCGGGAAAUUCGCGAGAAGGAAGCGGAACGUGACAGACUGGAGGGCGAGUUGGAGGCGAUCCAACAGGCGCGGACCAGGCUUGUCGAUCUCGGCCACCACCGGCUGGAUGUUUUCCGUGACAAUGUUAACGUGCUGAAGUCUGUCUGGACUAAUGUGGCCGUGGACGCCCGGAUUAUCGCUGGGUGGCUGGACGGUUCUCUGGUAUUUGUGGAAUGGCCACCGGCUAUGGAGUCUUCACUGGUGGCAGGGAACUCGGUUUACAAAACCAUGGCUGGAUAUCUCAAGGAUUAUGCCCGGGGCGUCUCCACUUAA